AUGUCCCAGUCAUUGAUUAUCUUCCAGGCCUCUGGUCGUGUGCUCUAUCAAAGCAACAACAAGAUCUCGCCAUUCAACGACUUGAUCUUCAGCAUUGUCAACGAGUCAUGCACAGAAUUGGACUCUAACUUCUACACCACCAGUGGAGGGUCUGCCCAAAAGCGAUUCUACGGUCUCAAACGUGACGAUCUCUAUGCCGCUAUUUACUUUGACAUUGUGACUACUAUUGACAGCGAAAAAAUCCGCCAGACGCUCUCCGAUGUGCUCAGAACCUACGUCAAACUCACAGACGAAGAGGAGGACCCAGCGAAGUUGCACAAGUUGAUCGAGUAUCAGGUUAACGACUUGAUACGGCUCAAGAUUGAAAAGAGCAUUGAGCUGGCCUCUACACCGGUCAGAUCGGGCAGUCCAGCUGUCUCCACGCCGAAGAAGAAGACUCAGACCAAGAAGGCCAUGAGAAAGUGGAUUAAUGGAGAAAUGGUGGAGACUGUUGGCAAUGACGAGUCAUUGGACUACUCAGAAAGCAAGGAAGGAAGUGCCGUACCGGAAUCAGUCGAUGAUCUCGUGGUGGAUCGGUCUGCUUUCAGCAAGCAAGACGAUUUGGUGCUCGUCAGAGAAUUGAACGAUAUUUUGGGCGAAGACGAUACACUUGACGAUGAGAAGGAUGGCAGUAGUGAAAGAAGUGGAUUUUUCUCGAAAAUUUCCUCCUACUUCGGCGCCUCCGCAGAUAUCGAUGAGGUGGCCAAGAAGUUUAACGACCAACUCAUUUCCAAGAACAUUGCACCUCCUACCGCCAAAGCCAUCAUCGAAAAGAUUAAAACCAGACUAGAGUCCAAGACGGUGACGGUGCCAGUGUUCAAGCAGGCACUUACCGAAGAACUCACCAAGAUUCUUACACCCAAUGUGUCGACAGACUUACUUUAUGAAAUUAAGAAGAACUCCGCCAGCAAACUGAGACCUUAUGUGAUUUCUGUGGUUGGUGUGAACGGUGUGGGAAAGUCAACCAACCUUGCCAAGCUCGCAUACUGGUUUCUUCAAAACAAUUUCAAUGUUCUCAUCUGUGCAUGCGAUACUUUCAGAUCAGGAGCUGUGGAGCAAUUGAAGGUGCAUGUAAAUAACCUUCAGCGUCUCAACAGCAAUGCUGAGACCCCUACUAAGAUUAAUCUUUUUGAGAGAGGUUACGGAGGUGGUGAUCAUGUGGUGAACACCGCCAAGCUGGCUAUCCAGUUUGCUGGGGAAGAGGGCUACGAUAUUGUGCUUAUUGAUACGGCAGGACGUACGCAUUCUAACGCCAAGUUGAUGGCUCCUCUUAAGAAGUUCGGAGACGCAGCCAACCCAGACAAAAUCAUCAUGGUGGGAGAGGCACUUGUGGGUACAGAUUCCGUGGAACAAGCAAUCAACUUCAACAAUGCUUUCGGCAACCGCAGGGGCCUCAACUUUUUCAUCAUUUCCAAGGUGGAUACGGUGGGAGAUCUCGUGGGAGCCAUGAUCAACAUGGUGAUGGCCACGAAGGUCCCUAUUUUGUUUGUGGGAACUGGCCAGACCUACACAGAUAUUAAGAAAUUGAGUGUAAAGAGAGUUGUUGAGAUGCUCACAAGCUAG